CAGACUAAUUCCCACAAUGCCCAGUAACACGCAGGCGCACUGUAAAAAAUAAAAAAAUAAAAAAAAAAUAAAAAAAAUAAGACAGCUAUCUGUGAUCAGAGAUGGCGGGCGCCUCCGACCCCCUGGAAGAUAUGCUCUUUUCAGAGGUGGAUGAAGAAGCCGUGAGCGACCUAGUGGGCUCAUUGGAGUCACAGCUUGCUGGCCAAAGCAACCCAGCAGGGAAAACAGACGAAAACGGAGGCGCUGGCUCAGUGGCCCCCGCUAACCAUCACUUAGGAAAAACGCUACCAGCUCCAGUGGGCACCACAACACUAGAACAACAACAACAAGGACGGCGUAAUAAACCCGAGAUGCGCCUGGAGAUCAACUCUAAAGACGUAAGCCCGGAUAAAACUGUCACAUCUCCUUCCUCGGGCUGCGCCUCUUCUUUUGGCGAGCCUUCAACCACUUCGGCUGCCGGUGUGAACGCCACUAGCAGCGGCUCGCAAUCACAUGGAGCAUCCAUCACAACACUGACUGCAUCUGGUGUGUCAACUUUGGCGUCUCCGCCAGCCAGCAUCAGCACCACAGCCAGCAGCCAGCGGGGGUCUAAGGUUAGCCCGGGCACAGGUGAGACGUCGUCGGAAGCUAGCCCGCCGAGAAAACGCAUAAGCACGCCGCGGAGGAGCGCCUCGGCUCGGAUAAAGAGUUUGAACGGCGCCGCUGUAACGACGAGGAGGACCAGCAGCACAGCGGCGUCUGAAAGCGCUAGCCCUCUGGAUACCGGUGCAACUACACCAAACUCCACUCGACCGGUGACAUCCCCUAUCAACACCUCGACUUUCACCUUAUCCAACCUCGCUGUAGGUCAGUCGGCUAUAGCUCUGGACCGGGGGACUCCUACCAUCGCUUUGCACAGACUCCCGAGUCAUAUUGUAGCGAGCAUAGCCCAGAACGGUAACGGGACCAGUGUGUCGGCCUUGGUCCAGCAGGGCACUCGCAUAGGACCCGUCAACUCUUCAGCUCCACAGGGGAACCACAGCAAAACCAUCACAGACACUGGGGCUUCCAAAACAGACGAUUGUCAGUCAAAAAUUGUAAUGUCAAGCCAGUCUGGUAGUGUCAACUCUGUAAUAAACACUGUUCCCCCUGUUGUCACACCACCACCACCACCACCACCACCACCACCAACAACAACAACAACAACAGCAACCACAGCAGCAGCUACAACAACCACAACAGUAACUCAGCCUUUGAGCUCUGCCACAGCUGCUGCUUGUGUUACAGGGGCAGUGGCAACAAGUUCUGUAUGUGGUACUGGUCUAACUACAUCAGUGACUAGCACUCUUAGCAUGGUCAGGCCCACAGCCCCCUCUACGACGCCUGCUGUGGCCACCACCGCACAACCCCGUCCUGGACUUACAGCACCUCAGAGGAUCGUAGCCCCCCAGCUGAUUGUCAGACCACCUCAGCAGCAGACGACCAUUCAGCUGCCCCCUGGGUUUACCAUCCCACCGGGGAUGGUGUUGGUACGAACAGAGUUGGGCCAAUUAGUGAUGGUUCCUCAGCAAGCUUUGGCUCAAGCGCAGGCUCAAGCCCAGGCACAGGCUCAGAACAACAUCUCUCCACGACCUGCCACCCCCACAACAGGAGCGUCCUUCAGAGUAACUACUCCACAGUCUCCUGUGACCUCUCAAACCACCAGGCAGUGUCCUUUGACCCCAGCUAAGAUGGUACCGUCUGCCUCUCCUUCCAGCCCCGCCCUCCAGACCUCUUCCUCUUCCUCUUCUUCCUCCUCCUCCUCCUGUCCUGCACUCCGCCCAAAGGGCCCCGUGGCACCGGCCGUGGCUGUGACGGCUCCACAGCAGACCCCCGUGGUUAUGACCCCCCAGGCCCCGGCCCAAGCUACCUCCCAGCCAGUGCAGCCUCCGCAGACGGGCAUCGCUGCGGCCCCCGGAGCUCCUGUCGUGUCCCAGGAAAUGCAAGAAAACGUCAAGAAGUGUAAGAAUUUCCUGGCCACACUUAUCAAGUUGGCGUCUCACAAUUCUCCGUCCCCUGAGACUUCCAAGAACGUCAAAGCUCUGGUUCAGGAUCUGCUGGAUGCCAAGAUUGAACCGGAGGAGUUCACCAGCCGGCUGCAGACUGAGCUCAAGUCGUCUCCGCAGCCUUACCUGGUGCCGUUUCUCAAGAAGAGCCUCCCGGCCCUGAGGUUGUCUUUGUUGAAUAGUCAGCAGUCCCUGACGCAGCCCCCACAGCAGGGAGUCAAACCAGCACCCGGUGGCACCCCCCCUGCCAUUGUAGCUGGUCCAGCUGUCCGCAUACGCCACCCUAACAGCGUCAGUACCACUGCAGGUGCCAGUGCCCUGCCUACCGGGACUCUCGGACAUACAGCUGCCAUGGGUAUGAAGACAGCGGGCACGGUCAGUGGUCAGGUCCGAAUGCCUGUAGUGAUCACACAGUCUGUCAGAGCGCAAGGCACAAUGGGGAAGGGAGCCAUCAUCCAAGCAGGCAAAAGUCCCGUGGGCUUGGCUGUUCAGAUCUCUGGGAAUCAGAAAAACAAGCUCAAUGACCCCGGAGGAGGCUCUUUCAGGGAUGAUGAUGACAUCAAUGACGUAGCCUCCAUGGCCGGGGUGAACCUGAACGAGGAGAGCGCAAGAAUACUCGCCACCAACUCUGAACUAGUGGGAACACAGAUCCGCUCAUGUAAAGACGAGGCCUUUCUCCACCCGGGACUGCUCCAUCGACGAAUAUUGGAAACAGCUAAAAAGUUUGGAGUCACAGAGGUUCCUAUGGAGGCAGUGACGUUCAUCUCACACGCCACACAGUCACGGCUCCGUACUGUGGUAGAAAAAGUUUCGACUAUCGCACAGCACCGACUGGACUCCUGUAAGGAUGAUGAGUGCUACGAGCAGUCUGCAGACGUUCGCUCUCAGCUUCGCUUCUUCGAGCAGCUGGAGAGAAUCGAGAAGCAGAGGAAGGACGAGCAGGAGAGAGAGAUCCUGUUGAAAGCCGCUAAAAGUCGCUCCAGGCAAGAGGACCCAGAGCAAGCUCGACUGAAACAGAAAGCUAAGGAGAAGAACUUCACUAGGUGCUCGCAGUCCUUGGCUCGCUAACAAGGAUCAAGAAGAUUGUGUGGAGCUUCCAUAAAAUAGUCUGAGUAGGCAGGAGGAUAAAACAAGCACCAUUCACCUGUUGUUGUUGUUAUUGUUGAUGUAAAACUUACGGAGCAGACGUGGUUUCUUCAAAGUCACUUUCUCUUUUAAAAAAAAAACUUUUAUUCAUCCAGGUAAAGUUUACUGAGCAUGUAUGCACUUUUCUCACCAAUACCCUAAUUUAUACUUACACAGUUAUACAAUUUUCCACUUGACAGCUCCCCAGUGCAACCGCUGUCUUUUAAUGUCCACCACUCAGCCAUUUACAUUUAGGGGUAACUGUAAAUGCCUUGCUCCGGGGCAACUCCGUGUUGUUGUUUGGCCAAAGUAUUUAGCCAGUCUGUGGUGUUGAACUUGUGACCUUCAAGUGACUCGUGGACUUCUCUUACCUCUGGCUACUGGCAGUGCUCUGUCUUUUCUCUUCGUCUCCUGGACAUUUCUUUCUAGCAACAUUGAGCCCUGCUGCAGUUUAGAACAUUCACUCUAGAUCUCAGCCUACCCAUAAGCCCCACAUAUGCAAAUGAAGCAGCGUAAUAGGCAGUGCGAUAGGUUUAGCUCCAGGGGCCAUGUGAUCAAAGUGGAUCUCCUCCCUGUUAAGUGGCAGUCCGCUCGUCAUCUGGAUACGGCCAGAUUAGUGCCUCGUGAGGAGACGCCGCGUGCACGUAUGCGCAUUUCCAUUUUCAUGUGGAAUUUUAAGAAGGUGGUUUUGAAAUUGUUACUUUAUGUAAUGCUUUCUCCCCAGAGACGAGGAAGACUCCCAAACCUCCCCCAAGUGCCCCCCUUACCCAUCUACCCACACACACAUGCACAAACACACCUUCUUCCACCCUCCCUCACCUCUUUCUUUUUUGCUUAAUGACCAUCGUUUCUCAGCCCCCGUGCCUCUCCGGUUUUCAUCACCUGAGCUGGCUGUUUGUGUCACUGCAGAGUCUGUCGGCAGCUCACACAUCUGUGCAAAUUUCAUCAGGAUAAUGAGCCCGAGUUACUCUUCCAGGCGACGGGCAGAGGAGCCAGCCUCUCUUUAAGCCUCUCUCCAUGGUCACGCACACAUACACGCAAAAAACAACCACCGCCACCAAACAAUCAUCAUUUUGGAGAGAUGAAAUUACAUCGUGUUAUACACUUGAACCAAGUGUCGGCAUGUGAAUUGAGCUAGCGCGUGAUUUGUUUUUAAAAAGGCAGGCUCUGUAUAUUGUGAUCUGAGUCCAGUGACCAGGUGUUAACUCAUGCUAAACAAAUGCAUGAUAUAAAUGGUCAAAGCAGGUUGAAAGCCACGUCAGGUCAGUUUCAUUUAUAUAAUUUGCCUCUGUGCAACAUGUCAGAACACCUCCAUCCUUAAUUGGAAGGAAAAACUCCACAAUGAAGAAACCUCAGGUGGAGCAACAAAGAAGGGAUCCUUCUUCCAAUGUGUAUCCUGAAUCCUUUGUCAUAUCCAGGUUUUUCCAGGUAAAAGUGUUUUUUUUUGUCUGAUAGUGAUAUCACUUACACUCUACAGAUCCACAUAGUAGAUGCUUGAAUGGUUACAGUUAAGUCACUAGCAUUGCUCACAGUCUCUCACUUAGACUGAUAGCAUAACAUAAAUAUUGGUUCUCACCUUUUUAUAGUUCCUUAAAUGUUGAUAUAGUGAUUUUAAGGGCAUGUUAGUAAAGAAUACAAAACAAUAGUUUAGAUUGAACUUCAUCUAAAAUGUGUUGUUUGUUUGAAACCUGAGUCAGUAUACUAGCAGGAUCCAACACCAGUCUGUCCAUUUAGACCUUUGGUGGUCAUGUUCCCCAGAGGAUAAAACCCAAUGUAUUUGUCAUCUUUUGUUUUGUGUACUGUUAAACUGAAACUUACAAACAAGAAAUAUCUGAAUAUGUUCACACUGUAAAUCUUAGUGCUUGAUUCAGAUUUUUUGUUUGGACAUUCAUAUUACUUUUUAAAUGUGGCAAAUAUUAGAUUUCAGUGUGAGCUGCUCAUGGUCCUGAAUUAGCACGCUUGCAAGAGUAAUAACAAAGACGUCACACACAGUAUGAUGUAGAACAGAAGUAAAACAUAAAGGCUACUGAAGUCAGCAUUUGCUAUUUCAUUUAAAGGCUGAUGUGCAGUGGGUGCCGAGCAGACGUUAACAAGGAUGACGGAGAAAGAGAGCCAAUUUUUUAAUUAUGGCUCUUUGUGGAGCAAUGACUGCUUCUUGUAUUGAGGUGUGUGUGGAUGCUGGCUCGUAGUCAGAAGUGGUGGGAUGGUGACGUGAAUGACUUCACAGAAACAGAUUUCCGUUCAAAAAUUUCAGAAUGUCAAGGGCUACUUAUAACUGCUACUGUCAGUGCCUCUCCACAAGACACUCACUUCUGUCUCCAAUGCUUGUAAUCUGAGUAAUGCCAGCACCAGAAUUGUGUUGAAUGUCGUCCUAUAGUGACGUGACAGUCACAUAAAGAGUCAGACUGAGGUUGCAUUGCAAAAAAUCUGGCUUGUAUCUGACUUAGGAUGCUGAAGCUGUAUCCAGAGGCGUAAGUAGAUGUAUGUACACAAAUCUGUUUCAGAUUUGGUGCCACAUUUGUCUGCAAUAAACCUGAACCUAGUAAGCAGAUUGCCAUGACAUUCACUGAGCAUCUCCUCAACAGAUGAAACCUUGUGGACAAUCCAUGAGAGUCUAUUAGACCCAAACCUCAACAGUACAAUCUUUUGUAUUGAGGCUUAAGGAACAUUGUAGGUCUUAUGUGUUACUAGCAGGGCCUUUUGUACAUUUUUGUAGUUAUGCCUCUAAUUGUGUAUUUGUACCAGCAAACCUUAACCCACAACCUUGUCACCAACAGAGCAGGUUCUUCAGAUAGACGCUGAUAGAGGUUUUGAGAGAGAGGGAGAGAGAGAGAGAGAGAGAGAGAGAGAGAGCCUAGCACCUCUGUUUCCUCCAUUCACUACCAUUUGGCCGAAAGGUCAGAUGGGCUAUUUCAAAAAUGCCCCCAGUGAAAAUCAAUGGGCAAAUCGUGGAGCUCAGAUCCUGUUUGUUGUUGUUGUCGGUGGUAGUGGGUCUAUGUUCUGUCUGUUCCAUCACUGAGGCAGGAGGGCCAGGCAAUGCCUAGUCAUUGAGAGUGAGAGAAUGAGAGAGAGAGAGGGGGAAGGAGACAGAGAGACAGAGACAAAAAGACAGAGAGAAAAGGAGACUUUGGGGGGCUGCGGUGGCGAGAGAUAGAGAGGGAGUUAAGGCCAGCAGAGAUAUAUCACGAUGUCAGACACACAGACACACUGCAGCCACAGAUUCAUCAUCGCAACCGCGUCUCCAGGCACAACUGGACACAGGAAACGAGUGAACUGGAGAAGAGGAGUGGAGCAAGGACAGGCAGAGAGAGACGAGGGAAGAGGCAAAAGACAAAUUGGCUACUAGAGCUGGCCAAAAUCUGACCAAAAGCUCCCGUUAGGGCCUGUUCGGCUGCUGAAGUAGACCAUGUCACGCCGAGAACGCUAAUAUUUCCACUGUAUGGCAUUGUUAAUAUAAGCUUGUUAAAGAUCCAACCACCAUAAACUAUUGCUCUUUUUCCGGUCUUGCUAUUGCAAAAGAGAUGUCACUUGUAGCUCAGAGUGAUUCCAGAGGACUUGUGUGAAAAAGAGAGCUGUCCAAUAGGAAGAUUUUUGUUAGAAUAAUUUUCAAAUAUUUUUUGUCUUCAGGCAUUGAGAGAUUGUCUUUUGCCCAUUUUGACACGCAGCACAGCUUGAAAUGUCUUGAACCUCUACCGAAUUAAUUCUGCCCUAGCUCAACUUUGAACCUUGCGUGGCUCCAAUUAAAAGCCUACAGUUAUACAUCCUUACUUGCUGUAUGAACAUAUACGUCAGAAUCUAUGAAUCAUAUUAGACUAAUACUCAUGUGACAUAUGCAUAACCAUGGUCAGAUUUAGCAUAUUUUGCAUCUGUUCCCAUAUAAUAAA